AUGUUCCAAGGCAGUAGGGGAAAGGCUGGUGGUAGUGGCACGAAUAGCGAUGGCGCUAACAGGGGGACAACUGACGGGAAUGAUCAACUGCUCUCUCGCAAUUUUUAUUACGGUGGCCCAUUGGAUGCACCGGACACCUCCUUGUCUCCUGUUUUCAGAGCAGUGACUCCAACUGAUGCCACGGCCUCCACAAAGGCUGACAAUGCCGCUGCAGGCCCUUACUCCUUAUCUACUGCCCAACGAGGUAUACCGUUAAUCGUGUUUUAUGGCAACAACGCCAUGUCUGACUCUCGGUUUCACGAAGUUGUGGCACAGGAAGAGGAACGACGUGUGACUCGGCACAAAAAACUUUUUGAGGACCUCAUAGUGUUUGAGGGUGGGGCGCUUUCAGACCACGAUUCACUAGGCACCUCACUUAUCAUGCAGGACUUUAUUCACUUUGCUCUCUAUCAUAAGAAGUGGGGGUAUUAUCCGAAGCUGGACUGCAAGUAUCGACAGUUCAUGACAAGCGGUUACUUUGAUCCAGUACCAUUUGGCAGCCUUCGGAAUCAGCAUGACUAUGAACGUUAUGUUGGCAAGAUUCACAAUUCAACUCCUGCCUGCAUUACGCCAACACAGCUUUUUCACUCUCACUACGGUUGGGUGCUGGCGGAAUAUUUAAUGACGAUGAUGCGGGCAAAAUUUGACCCCCAUGAGCCGCUUGUCGUGUAUGACGUUGGGGCAGGAACAGGGGCACUGGCGGUGAGUGUGCUGGACUACCUUGCGGAGCACUUUUCUGUCGUGUAUGCGCAGUGUGAGUACCACGUGGUGGAGCAAAAUCCUUAG